GAGCACCCACAUUGCUCACGUUAGAGUGGACUCCAAAUUUUGGCCUCGUGUUUUUCCAACAUGCACCACGUUACCCCAUUGCGUUCUUCUGAAGCUGAUCAAAAUACUACAUAAAUGGAUCACCUACUAGAGGUGUACAAUAAUCAUUAUUCACGAGUCAACAUCAAAACCCGAAUCAUAUUCACUAGCAUCACGAAGAAGACAAACAACAUUAGUGGUGUGAAUACAAUUUCAGAGUGCAUGUUCAGGCUCAGGAAUCAGAAGAAAAAGAAGCUCCUGAGUGUUAAUGAUGAGAGACCCAUUGCUAUCCCAACAACAGACGCCACCUUAUCCUUCGUCCCUUCUCACAUAUUUAUAUGUUGGCCACUUCUUAGCAAGAUGGGGUGCAAGGUUCUCCAACUUUGGCUGUUAACACAAAAUCUCUCAUUUAUGGUAGCUGGAGGCACAGUAAUUGGGUUGCUGGUUUACCCAAACUUGAAGCUUACGAAUUUAACGGCUUUCAUCUCACUUGUCAUAUUGACCAAUAUCUCUGGAGCUGUUGGUGUUCUUUCCACUCUUGCUGGAACCAUUUUAAUCGAAAGAGAAUGGGUGGUGGUGUUAUCAGAAGGCCACCCUCCAGAACUACAGAUAAAGAUGAAUACAGUUAUCAGACGGAUUGAUUUAGUCUGCAAACUAUUUGCACCUGUGGCUACUGGCUUCAUUAUUAGCUUUGUGUCAUUAGAAGCAUCUUCACUGACUUUAGCACUCUGGAAUGUUAUAUCUGUUUUCGUGCAAUAUUGGCUUCUAAUGUCUGUGUACAAUGGGAUACCGGCUUUAAGCGAAAGAAACCAGAAAAGGAUCUCAAGACUUUUACCAGUUGAUGUGGAAGAGAGCCCGUCUUCUUCGCAGGAGAAAAAGAGCUUGAUUUCUUAUGAUGGAAAUGAUUUAGAGUUGGAUAGAAACUGCUUGAAAAGGAAAAUAAUUGUGUGGUUUUCCAGUAUUCCGUAUGUUGGUGCAUGGAGAGUGUACUUACAGCAAGAUGUGGUACUCCCAGGAUUAGCUCUUGCUAUAUUGUAUUUUACCGUCCUCAGCUUUGGAACCUUGAUGACUGCUGCAUUGGAAUGGGAUGGUAUACCUGCAUAUGUUAUUGGGAUUGCUCGCGGAAUAAGCGCUACCAUAGGAAUAGCUGCAACAUUUCUGUACCCUAUCUUACAAUCUCACGUCUCAACACUUCGAACAGGACUCUGGUCCAUCUGGUCUCAGUGGACUUGCCUCUUAGUAUGUGUUGCUUCAACAUUUAUCCAAAAUAACCUUAUAGCAGCGUAUAUUUUGAUGGGUGGAGUAGCAUUAUCACGCCUCGGAUUGUGGAUGUUUGACUUAUCUGUCAUUCAACAAAUGCAGGACCAAGUUCCUGAAUCUGAUCGUUGUGUUGUGGGAGGUGUUCAAAAUUCACUGCAGUCAGUUUUCGACUUGAUGACUUAUUUUAUGGGUAUAAUCAUCUCCAAUCCCCAGGAUUUCUGGGAGUUGACAAUGUUGUCCUUUGUGUUGGUGACAAUGGCUGCAACCCUCUACAGUCUACACAUCUAUCUUGUCCGGAAGCACCUCUUCCACUUUGAGAAGCUUUUACUGUUGUUCCAUGGUUUGUAAGAUCAUCAUAGAUUCAUAUUAUAAUAAAAAUUGUAAAUCUCUUGAUCUUUGUGGACAUGAAUAUGCAAGCUUGUUUUAAUGAUCCAUGUUCUUUGUAUGUAAUUGACAUAGUAUUGAUUCUAUGCAAUAGUGAAGGCUUUUGAUCAA